GAGAAACGCUCCUGCACGCUCUUUAUUUUGCACCGAGCUGCCUCCUCGGCUCGUGUUUGCACUUCGAGUCAAUAUUUAACCACCGAUUUCAGAAGCAGAGCGCGCGGCUGAGGGAGGGGAGCUGUCGUGUUUGGAAAAGCGCAACUUGUUCGGAUCCCUGACAGCAGAUUUCAACACGUAUCGCGUCGCCGUGGUUAUUUUAAAGUGUCUGUCAGCGGAACGGAUCCAUAUUUCGACCCCAUGUCUGGACCUCGGAGGCUCGGCUGCGUGUCUCCUGCUCGCUCUGCAGCGACCGCCUUGGUUGGCGCACCGUGUCGGAUGUGUCAGUAUUGCUAAAUGCUGCUUUAGAGUGAAGACGUGCGAGGCACCAGCCUACACAUGGAGUCCAGGGUUCCCCACCACAUCCCCGGAGUGUCGUCCUCCCUCAUAUCUCAGCCCCUGCUGGACAGUCGAGUGCCCUAUGGCCGCCUGCAGCACCCGCUCACUAUCUACCCCAUCGACCAGAUCAAGUCCUCGCAUGUGGAGAACGACUACAUCGACAGUCCCGCUGUCGUCUCCCAACAGCCCCCCAGCCAGAAGUCAGCGAACCGAAGAAUCACCUGGCUUGGUCAGAACCAGGAGGCCUUCCUGGGGGCGAAUCACAACCAUCAUCACAAUCACCAACACCAGCACCACCAGCAGGGCAGGUGCGAGCCCCAUCCUCACCAGGACACCACCACCCACCCUUGGAUUUCCUUCAGCGGGAGGCCCAGCUCGAUCAGCAGCAGCAGCAGCACCUCGUCUGAUCAGAGGCUGUUGGACCAUGCUGCGCCCACCCCAACGGUGGACCACCACCCAAGCCUGCACCCCCACCAGGGCCCCAUCAACACAAUCACUACCCGAACUCCAGGCUGCUUCACUUCCUCUGAAUCGAAAGUCCUCACCUCCUCUUCCUCUGCUUCCUCUUGCUCCUCCUCGAAAUCGCUGGACCUCAAGUCUGCAAAGUUGCCCGCAGGAGGCGUGUGCACCACUGGAGGCCAGCAGGGGUCGGCCCUGAUACCUUCCUCCCCGGCUGAGAAGAAGCACCUCCUUCUCUGCGAGCACUGUGGGAAGUGCCGAUGCACGGAGUGUACGCUCCCCCGAACCCUACCCUCCUGCUGGGUCUGCAACCAGGAGUGCCUGUGCUCUGCUCAGAGCCUGGUGGAUACAGCCACCUGCAUGUGCCUGGUCAAAGGGAUCUUCUACCACUGCACCGAGGAUGAAGAUGACGAGGGCUCCUGUGCCGACAAGCCCUGCUCGUGCUCCCAGGCCAACUGCUGCGCGCGUUGGUCCUUCAUGGCUGCCCUCUCUGUUGUCCUGCCUUGCCUGGUCUGCUAUCUGCCAGCGACAGGCCUGGCCAAACUGGGACAGAAGUGUUACGACAAUGUUAGCCGGCCCGGCUGCCGCUGCAAGAACUCGCUGGGAGGCGCGAGCGCUCCUGCUCUAAAAACCGGAGGCGUAGAAGCAAAAGUUGGGACGCUAGAGAAGCAGCAGCAGGGGUCAUGAUACUGGACCAAACUGGCUGGCAGUAGCCUUGCUAAAAAAUGGACAGGACCACACAGUACUUGCUUGCUCUCUAAGGACAAUCCAACACCAACCCCUUAAACUACCCCAUUAAUCUGCUGGAAGAUGACUUAUGUAAAACAAAGGUACUUAAAUGGCUUUUUGACCUGUGUUUGAUAGAGUGGAUGAUCAAAAGGGGGCCCGAUCUGAGAGAGUUGGCUCGUAGGAGAAGCUAACAGCCCCUCUGAGAUGUGUUUGUUUGGUUUUUUUCUUUUGUAAGAGUGUCACAAGAAGAAGAAGAGACGAGAUUGUGGGACUGGUGUUUGUGUUGUUUUGCAAAGAUGGCUGAAGGCACAAAGUCAUUGUACCUCUCUGCUGCUCUGUAUUUCACAACUAAUUUUGUAACGGUAACUAACCAGAAGUUGGUUGCGGAUCCUCGGAUGGCGUGAACGUUAUUUGAUGGAGAAAGAUAUCUUUACCCCUCCCACCCCCGAAAGCACAGCCCGGUGUCCGUCUGUCUGAACAAACAGGAGAACGAGUGAUUUCCUACACUGAGGCUCAUGACAGGCCACUGUGAGAGUGAAGUCACCACUUACUCACUCACUCUCUCCACUAUUAUGAUGAUCACCAUCUUUUAGUGUCGCCAUUUCUCCUCUUUUAGCUUAAAGAUGCUAGCUCGGUCAUCCUAACGUUACUUCAAAAUAAUAUUAACGUCCCAUAAAUCUCAACAACGUGUCGUGGAUAAGCAGUUAUGAGAAGCGAGCGAGAGAGCGAGAUAAUCACUUUUCAGUGUGUUUCCUAUUGUUUUGGGGGGAGGGGUGAAGCCCGGACGCUCUGGAAGAUUAUGAAUGCUGUUCACCAAUCACCUCAAAGGUAAUGCAUGUAAUGAUCUGCAUGCCCUAGUCUAAUGGUUACCCACCGUGCUAGAAGUCGAUGUGUCGUAGAGAAAUGUGUAAAAAAAAACAACAAAAAAAAAACGAAAACAACAAAAAAACAUUCACCCAACCUUCUCAGGGACUGUUACAGUAAUCCUCUCUGGAACUUGGCCUACAGCAUGUUGACUUCUAAACUGCCUAAAAGCCGCCUGGUCUACUUCCUCUUUGCACAAGAAGGCAAAGAAACAUUUAGGGGCAAAAAGGCAAUAGUGAAUAAUUUAAAACAAGUAAGCUAAGUGAGAGACAGACUGGCCAGAAAAUAAGGGUUUUUUUUUAGUUUUUGUUGGGGGAAGCAAGUGAUGGAGAGUGAAGAGGAGCGCGAGAAGGUGAAGCAAAGUCGUCGUUGUGUCCGUAUCGAGUCGGAAUCAAACCUGCCACUUGCACAACCUUUUUAGGAAGACGCAAACCCCUUAAAGGACGUACUAAAGCACAGUAUUAACCACCUCAGCUAUCUCACAUUACGUUUGCGUGCACUACAUUUACACCGCAGCCUCCCUCCAACACACACACAGUGUCUUCAUUAAAUUCUAAUCAUUAUGCUGCAUAGCUGCGUUAGUCAGAUAGUCUGUCUUUUAUUCUGAAAGUCUAUUUUUGUGGCUUGCAUGACAUUCUUAGGACUUUGCCAAAGGAAGCUAGCGUACAGUAGCUUGUUUUUUCGCUGUCGUGAGCGAUCGCAGUUGUUCCGCUCUCCUGCCAAACAGAGCUGACGGCAGCUGGUUCUUAAAGGCACGCUGCCCUUUAAUACAGACGGCCUUUUCUGUUUGGCACGAAGGCGGACGGGCGCUGUUGCUCCACAGCACACACCUCUCUUUCACAUCGGCCCCUUAGCUUCCAUUAGGGCGCCUAACUUCACUCAUACCUGCGUUUGUCGUGUUGCACAAAGCUGAUAUCACACAGGAAAAAAAAGGAAAGAAAACACACUGUCCUUAGUCUUGAAUGUAUGAGGCAAUAUCUUCAAAACCUAGCAAUUCAGUCCGAGAGAAAGGUGCCAAAACUGAAGAAUGAUUGUGUGACCGGGUCAGAAGGCCCGGUUCCUGCAGGUGGGCGACAAAAAUCACAAAUGUUUUGACAAUAUAUUUAGUAAUAGAGCUAUGCAGGUGAAAUGUUAUUUGCUGUAAAUAGUUUCACAACAUUUGUGUUCUUUAGAAGAGACUUUUAAAUGUCCUUGAAAGAUUGCAUGGUACAUUAUAACUACAAUUCAGUACAAAAUAUAUAGAGAAUAUAUUAGAUAUAUAUUUUGAGGGAAAGAUGUUUUUGAGGUCGUGAGAAGAGAGAGAGAGGGAGGGAGAGGAAGAGGAAGGUUGGGGACGGGGUAACAAACAUGACAGGUCUUUCUAUCACUAGCACUUGAUUUAGAAAAGUGUGCCCGGCAAUAAAAAAAGAGAAGAACUCCUGCUGUUUAUGCUAUCCAUGGCUCAUUAGCAGUCGAGAGGCUAAGCUAAUUCCCCGGUUCCUCUCCGAGUCCUGAGGACUGUGGACUCAUUGAAUCCACACAGGGAACACAAUCUACCCCUAUCCGGAUCAACCCAUUUCCUGCUGUUACUGCUCAGUGUCUCAGCUCUCUCCCCUCUUUCUCUCUCUGCUUUCUCCCCCCUUCCUCUCGUCCCUCUUCUUCCCUCCUUCCCACCCUGAGAAACUGUCCAGCAAACACCCCUGGCCUUGAUUGACAAACACAGCUGCUGUGCAUAAACUUG